AUGAAAGAGAGAGUGUUACCACAAUGUCUGAGAUGGUGGUGGUGGAGGAGAUUUGAUUGGACGAUUCAUCACCACUUUAACAAGUGGUUCGUCAACAAAUACUUGAAAUCAUCGGAUCCGCUUCCACCGGAAGAAAAAAUCUCCGGGAGCAGAGCCUCAUACUUAAACUAA